CAGACCGCUCAAAGUUGCUCACUUGUUGUUAUCGCUGGCUAUCGGUCUUGGAAAAGCUUCGCGUAGUGAACAUUCGUAGCGUGGAUGCAGCAUUUGACAUUUCUAUCGCUUUUCACUUUAACUUCUCCCCAAGUAGAUUCAGUAUUCAGUCGAGUCUAUCUGUCUGGGAAAACCAAAAUAUCUUUCUCCAUAUGAACGGAAAUUUUGCAGUUUGUCAUGUAAUCGUAAGCGUAAAGGGAUAUGUGUUGACUUGGAUUGGACAAAGUGAACCGUCGUCUAAAGAUUGUUACUAGUUGAUAAAUCUGGAUUUUUGCAUACAAUAAUCGAGGAAAAGUGAAGUAUUUUGUAAACAAAAUGAGUUCCGCCGGUAAUUCAACUACGAGGACCAGCAGCGAGCCCAUCAAGGAUAUGUAUCUCUACGAAAUCCCCUCACCGGAAAGACAUGCACUAUGCACGAUUCUAGAUGAAAUGGAUGUUUGGGCUGACCUGGCUGUAAAUCAUAUGGGGUAUCGAAAAGAAGAUCUACAGAGCAUCAGGAGAGCCAUCCAACUUGGGGCAUCACCGACUGAUGAGCUACUGGCAAUGUGGGGCAACUUGAAUCACACAAUCACAGAACUCUUCAUCCUUCUAUACCGGAUGCAACAAUAUGGAGCCAUGGACGCAAUACGAAAUCUAGUAGACAAGAAAUACCAUCGACUGAUAAUGUCCGGUCAACCAGAUCUCAGCAAACUAAUAGCAAAUAGCAAUGGGUCAAAGAAGAUUUUGAACUGUCCCUCAUCUCAAAUGCUUAGCGACUCAAAUAAUUUAAGUACGACCACAUCUAUAAGUGACGAAUCUAGCAAGAUAACAUCCAAAUCAAUGGAUAUGAGAGAUGCACGCCACUAUGCCAGCACGAUUCCACGAAUAGACUACGCAGAGUUGGCAGUGGCAACAAUGGACUGGAAUGACAGGAAUAUUUUGGGGAAAGGUGGUUUUGGCACAGUGUUUAAGGGUAUGUGGAAGCUUACUGAAGUUGCUAUUAAACGAAUUGAAUAUCGCGGGACGGGGACAAGGGAAGCCCAUAAGAUACAAGUUCAGCAAAGUUUGAAUGAAUUGAAACAUUUGAAUUCAUGCCGGCAUGAUAAUAUCUUGCCGUUGUAUGGCUACAGCAUUAAUGGAGAUGAACCCUGUCUAGUCUACCAAUUCAUGGCUGGAGGGUCAUUGGAGCAGAGAUUAACUUCGAAAAAAUUCGUACCUCUAAAUUGCCAGCAACGACUGAAUAUUGCCCAAGGGACUGCAAGAGGUUUGCAAUAUCUUCACACAUUCCGUGAGAAGCCUCUCAUUCACGGGGACAUCAAACCAGCUAAUAUUCUUCUAGACCCUUGCAAUCAACCUAAAAUCGGAGACUUUGGACUAGCACGCGAAGGACCAAAUGCUUUGAAUUCAUCUAUGGAAGUGUCACGUGUUUAUGGAACUAAACCAUAUCUGCCAGGCGAAUUCCUCGGUUACAAGAGUCUCAGCACAAAAGUUGAUACCUACAGCUUUGGAGUUGUUCUUUUGGAAUUAGUGACCGGGCUACGGGCAUAUGAUAAAAAUCGGGAACAUAAAUUUCUAACAAAGCACAUGAUGGCCAUGCCUAAUUCAACCGCUGAAACAUUAAUCGAUAGAAACUUGAUAGUGGAUCCCGAAACAGAAAAAAUCUGCCAAAGAAUAAUAGUUAUCGGAAAAAGGUGUAUUUCAGAUAGGCCAGAGCAUAGACCGGAAAUGUCGGAAGUUUACAAUGACUUGCUUGCCGAGUAGCCUUUAAUUUGAUGACCUGGUUGGUAUGUUAAGGUCUCCAAGCUACCUCAUGGUGUGUUAUAGAUUCAGGAAAGUCCAGAUUGACUAGUCCAUACUACAAAAAUGGGAGUUGAAAUUUGUCUACACUAUAAGACGAAGAGUGUGAAUCCCUAGUUACUUUGCUUCCUUUUACCGCUGUUAUUUGGUAUCUAGCACACGUCAUUAGGUCCAAACUUCGUUAACUACUAAUUUAAGACUAUGCGGUCCAAUUUUAAGCACACGAAUUCGCAUAAUAUUCUCGCUUUCUCUGACACUAUUUAUGUUUUGUAUAUUACAAAAUGUGGUCUUUUAAUUUUAAUGUAUCAUAGAAAAUAAUAAUAAUAUUGAUAGCGCGCA